AUGUGCGCCGCCCGACACUUUCUCCGGCCGCUAUAUAAGCGCGCGGAGCGGGGCUCUCGGCAGUCGGUGAGCAACCGCGCCACACCAGCAGCAGCUGCACCGCACCAGCCAGAGCAGAAACGCGUUCUCCUGCUCACAGACAUGGCCGCGCCGCGCACGACGCUGCUGGCCUUGUGCUGCCUCCUGGCGUCGUCCGCUGAAGUCUUCGGGUACGGCAGCAGACGCCUAGUACGCAGAGAUGGCGGAGGCGGAGGUGGAGGCGGAAAGUCUCGCCCGUCGAGCAGCUACGGUGCUCCGUCUUCUGGCGGCGGUUCCUUCGGCGGCGGAUCCUUUGGAGGUGGAUCUUUCGGAGGUGGUUCUUUUGGCGGUGGAUCGAUAGCUUCAGCUCCCUCAUCUAGCUAUGGUGCACCCUCGUCGGGUGGUGGCUCCUUCGGGGGCGCAUCCUUUGGUGGUGGCGGUGGAUCAUUCGGCGGUGGUAGCGGCGGCGGAUUUGCUUCUGCGCCAUCGUCUAGCUAUGGAGCACCAUCAUCGGGAGGUGGAUCAUUUGGCGGCGGUGGAGGAGGAGGCAGCCUAUCAUCCAGCUAUGGAGCACCCUCAGCUGGUGGCGGAUCUUUUGGAGGUGGAUCUUUCGGAGGUGGAUCUUUCGGAGGCGGUGGAGGAGGAGGCAGCCUAUCAUCCAGCUAUGGAGCACCCUCAGCUGGUGGCGGAUCAUUCGGCGGCGGUGGAUCAUUUGGCGGCGGUGGUGGAUCGUUUGGCGGAGGUGGUGGAUCAUUUGGCGGUGGAGGCGCUGGUGGGUACAGUGGUGGUGGAGGAGGGUACAGCGGAGGUAAUGGUGGUGGCGGCGGGUACAGUAGCGGUGGUGGCGGAGGACACGGAGGUGGAGGCGGAGGAUACAGCAACGGAGGAGGUGGAGGAUACAGCAGUGGUGGCGGCGGAGGAUACAGCAAUGGUGGUGGCGGAGGAUACAGUGGAGGUGGCGGCGGAGGUUACAGCGGAGGCGGCGGUGGAGGCGGACACGGUGGAGGAAGUGGAGGUGGAGGCCAGGCGUAUGCCAGCAAUGGAGGAUAUGUCUACUAGAAUCCAGUCUCAACUGGUAGCCGCCUCUUUGCCAUUCCGAUUGCGCUUCUUUGAAGAGUGUUCAACAUCCAUCUUUGCCAUAACAGGAAGCUGCCUUAUUAUCAUGAGCGUUCAGAAAUGAUUGUUGAUCUAAUCGCCAUUUCUUAAGCAAUGCGUUUCCUGACAAUAUUCAUGGUACCUGUAUGCUCCUCAUUACAUAUAAGAAUUCGGCUAUGUUUCCUUUAAAAAAGCUUACACUUUACUCCUCGUAAUUUCUGCGAAGGUAUCAUUUUCACAUUCAGCUGGGCCAAAAACGAAACAGCUGGAAUUUUGCUUAUUUUUUUCUCUCAAAUAAUAAAAUAUCAUUUUAUUACAGUCUUCUACCAUCCUGCACGGAAGUGAGACAAGUACAAAGGAGGGAGACUGGCAACUGUUUAAGUGUUAUUUAUAUAUCUCCAAAGAUUUUUCAGAGUGUAGUGUUCUGAAGACAACAGAAGCUUAGCUUCGUGUCUGUAGCAAUCCAAACCGAUGUUUUCUCAGUUGAAAUUGUCUUGCGUAGGCUCCAAUACGAGACGUAGUUCUGAAAACAGAAUAGCGUACUGUUCACCAACCAGCUCUCUGGACUGCUUCAGUCUCAUGACUUUGAGCAUUUGUAGUCCGAAGCACGAAUAAGUUAUUGGAAGUAUGGCGCUAAAUAAUCGGUUGUUACCUUAGAGAAACGACAGCAAGUCAUUACAGCCUGAGGUAGUGCUACGUGUUUUCUCUUUAAAAAAUAGAAACAAAGUUUUUGUCAGCUGGAAUUUUCAAAAUCGUUUCAGCUAAAGGUAAAGAGCUGCUCGUUUCUCCAAGUAACAACUGAGCGAUAAACAGAAAAAAGUUAGUGUAGCCAUGACUGUUAUUUUAUGUAUUUUGUACUUUUUAUAU